GUUGUUCAGCACAAUAAGCACUCAUUGGGGUCUUCUGUGUGCCCAGAUCAGGGAUUGGGCUAAGUGCUAGGGAUACAAGCACCAAGAACUAAGGAACUGAAGUGAUCCUUGCCCUCAAGGAGUUGACUUUCUACUGGUUAGUGCUAAGAAUUCACGUUGAAUUUGAUCGAAUCACUCAUUCUUUCUCUGUGACCUCACACACAAGAAGUCUGAAGCAUUGAUAUCUCACCUUGCCCAGGAAGUCCAUUGUGGCAGAAAAGUAAACACCCUCCAUUAAAAAAAAAAAAGGAAGUCUUCAACUUAUUAUUUCCAAAGUAUUUUGUGCCAUGAAUGAGAAAGGAUCAUUGAUUUAGAACUGGUAGAGACAUUAAAUUAUUAAAUUAUUUUAAAACGGAGGUCCAGUGAGCUGAGAUGACUUGCUCGAGGUUACAAGUAGAAUCAGGAUUUGAUCGGGUCCUUUCACUCAAAAUGUAGUUCACUUCCAGAUGAACCAUUCAGAAUAAUGAGAGGACACAAGAUGUUAGGGGCUAAUCUGUCGACAGCUGGAAUACAAUUUGGUAAUUAUUUUUUAAAGACGUAUAUGCUUAGUACUGCUCUAGAUGCUAGAGAUAGUAAAAUAAAAUGGAAAAGAACAACAUUCUGAGGUGUGAGAGUGGGAAUGGGGUGAGAAACUAUAUAAAUAUAUAGAAUUAAGCAAUAGAGAAUAGAGCUGGACUUUCACUGGUAUAAGGAGCACCCAGAAGAAAAAAAUUCCCUGUAGCAAUGGAGGUUGGUUACCUUCUGGUUAGAAAGCUAAGGGACCAGGGUAUGUAUAAGAGACAGAACUGGAACCCAACUCUUCUUGGCUCAAAGGCUGGAUCUCUGUCUGCUUUUCAGUACAAAGAACAUAUACUUGUAUGUGCAUGUGUGUAUGUGUAUGUAUUUAUUCAUAUAGACAUAUAUGUGUUAUGUUUAUAUUUUGAUUGGGCAUGUGUAGAUAUACAUUUAUAUUUAAAUGUCUCUUUUGUUUUUUCACUCAUUUUUCUAUUUGUUUAUUCAUUCAUUUAUGUGUAUGUGCUGGUUUGUUUAUUUAUUUAUUAUGAGAUACAGCCCCGAUUUUAUUAGUGGCACAGUUUGCAAAUAUUCUUCCUAAGCAGCCUGUGGAGAAUGCAUUUGAUGUUAAAUGAGUAUCUGAAACCUGAGAAGCAGCCCCUUUCCUCCUGGCAUGUAGUAUUAAGGGUGACGGGUAGUGGGGAGGGGGGGCACUGACAGACAGGUCACAUGGGAUGCCUAGCACUCUGGUCAUUGGGGAAGCCAGGCCACUUCCUUAAGCUUGCCUAAAACAAGUCAGAUUGGCUCCGAUUUUGUGAACUUGGUCUGGCCGACCCAGGACAGGAGUUUGGCUCCAGAUUUCAGUGUAAACAGGACAGGAGAGAGAGAGAAGGAAAGAGAGAUGCUGUGUUCUUUGACAACGGUACCUGUUACUGUCUUUGGUCGAGAUGGCAUUUCACAUUUGAUUUAGGCUUCAGCUGUGAGGCUCCAUACGACAUUUUUUCAAGCUGUUGGGCUCAGCCAGUGAUACCAGCUGCUCAGCUUAGGCUCAUUCCUUCUGCAACGGUCAUGGGGGCUGUGAUGACUUGCCUGGCAGAAAACAAAGCUUCCAUUAGACAGGUGAAUGGAAAAGACUUAUCGAAAGCAACCCAUGAUCAAGCUGUGGAAGCGUUCAAGACAGCCAAAGAACCCAUUGUUGUCCAGGUCUUAAGGCGAACCCCUCGAACAAAGAUGUUCACUCCUUCCUUAGACUCCCAGCUAGUAGACAUGGGCACCCAAACUGACAUCACCUUCGAGCAUAUCAUGGCACUGACUAAGAUGGCAUCUCCCACCCCACCAGUAUUGGAUCCAUAUCUCUUGCCUGAAGAGCAUUCAUCCGCUCAUGAAUACUAUGAUCCGAAUGACUACAUGGGAAGCAUCCAUCAGGAGAUGGACAGAGAUGAGCUAGAGCUGGAGGAGGUGGAUUUGUACCGGCUGAAUAGCCAAGACAAACUUGGUCUCACUGUGUGUUACCGGACAGAUGAUGAAGAUGACAUCGGGAUUUAUAUUAGUGAGAUUGAUCCCAACAGCAUUGCUGCAAAGGACGGACGCAUACGAGAGGGAGACCGUAUCAUCCAAAUUAAUGGUAUAGAGGUGCAAAACCGAGAGGAAGCCGUGGCACUUCUCACCAGUGAAGAGAGCAAGAAUGUCUCCCUGCUCAUAGCAAGACCUGAACUCCAGCUGGAUGAAGGAUGGCUGGAUGAUGACAGAAAUGAUUUUCUGGAUGACUUACACAUGGACAUGCUGGAAGAACAACAUCACCAAGCCAUGCAGUUCACUGCCAGCGUGCUUCAGCAGAAAAAACAUGAGGAAGACGAGGGCACCACCGACACAGCCACGAUCUUGUCAAACCAGCACGAGAAGGACAGUGGUGUGGGGCGCACUGACGAGAGCACCCGCAAUGAUGAGAGCUCUGAGCAGGAGAACAAUGCUGACGAUCACACCACAGCUUCUAACACUCUGGGGAGCCAGAGGAAACUGAUGUACAGCCAGGACACCCUUGGGAGCGGAGAUGUGCCCUUCAGCAAUGAGUCCUUUAUUUCAGCAGAUUGCACAGACGCUGACUUCCUUGGGAUCCCAGUGGAUGAGUGUGAGCGAUUUCAAGAACUCCUGGAACUUAAGUGCCAAGUGAAGAGUGCCAAUCCCUACAGUCUGUACUACCAGAACAGCACCCUAGAAGUGAACAAGAGUGACCCCGAGAGUGUGGACAGAGAGCUGGAGAUGCUGAAUGAAGAGCUCCGCAAUAUCGAGUUGGAGUGUCUGAACAUUGUCAGAGCUCACAAAAUGCAGCAGCUGAAGGAGCAGUACCGAGAAUCCUGGAUGCUGCACAAUAGUGGAUUUCGGAAUUACAACACCAGCAUCGAUGUCCGAAGGCACGAGCUCUCGGACAUCACUGAACUCCCUGAGAAAUCCGACAAAGAUAGUUCCAGUGCCUACAACACUGGCGAGAGCUGUCGCAGUACCCCACUCACCCUAGAAAUCUCCCCAGAUAACUCCCUGCGGAGAAUUGCAGAAAACAUCAGCAGUGAUGGGGCCACUGCUUGCAAAGCAUCCCAGAGGAAUCUGCUCUCCAUCACAGAGAGUCCAGAGACUGGCACCCCCAAGUAUUGCCCCUCUCCAAAAGAGCUCGAGCUUAGCAAACAGCUGGAGAACAAAGAGAGGAAGACCAGUGAUGAAAGCAAGAGCCCGACCCAGAGCCCAAAGGUGGGUGGCUCUUAUCUCUCCCCCUAUCAUCACUCCCCAUACAAGCAUGCCCACAUCCCUGCCCAUGCCCAGCAUUACCAGAGUUACAUGCAACUGAUCCAGCAGAAGUCGGCCGUGGAGUAUGCCCAGAGCCAGAUGAGUCUGGUCAGCAUGUGCAAGGACUUGAAUUCCUCCAACCAGUCUGAACCCCGAAUGGAAUGGAAGGUUAAGAUAAGAAGCGAUGGAACUCGCUAUAUCACCAAGAGGCCAGUGCGAGACCGGCUUCUGCGUGAGAGAGCCCUGAAGAUCCGAGAAGAGCGCAGUGGCAUGACGACAGAUGACGACGCCAUCAGCGAGAUGAAGAUGGGACGGUAUUGGAGCAAAGAAGAGCGGAAGCAGCAUGUGGUUAAAGCGAAGGAACAGAGGAGAAGACGUGAGUUCAUGAUGCAGAGCAGGCUGGAUUGCCUGAAAGAGCAGCAAGGAGCCGAAGAAAAGAAGGAAAUGAACAUCAUUGAACUGAGCCACAAAAAGAUGAUGAAGAAAAGAAACAAAAAAAUCUUUGAUAAUUGGAUGACGAUCCAAGAACUCUUAACCCACGGUACAAAGUCCCCAGAUGGUACUAGAGUAUACAAUUCCUUCUUAUCAGUGACUACUGUAUAACUUCCAUUUCUGUAUUGUGUAUAUAUCAAAAACAAACAAACAAACAAACAAACAAACUCUACCAUUGGGGUCAAAAUUCCUGCCUCGUUCAAUGUGGCAAGUUUUUGUAUAUAAGAUAAAUAGAGUCAUUGUGUUUAUAGGUGAAAAACUGAACUCUACAACAUUGGGUGUCAUAGCUCUAUUUUAACUGGAGAAAACCACCCUGACUGACUAUCUUUGAAGGCAAUAUUAACAAACAGCUUUUUUUCAAAUAACUGAUUGUACUUUUUUACUUGCUACCUUUUACAUAAAGUGUUUUAAAUUUCAGAAAUCUUCUUAUUAACCAUACUUACACAAAAGAAUUUGUUUAAACUAUAUUCAUAUUAAAAAGUUAGACAUGCUUUUUUUCCUGCCUGAAACACAAAAUGCAACUGGCAGUAUGUAUUUUUACGAAACCCUCUUUUGUAACAUUACCUUGCCCUGGGUCUGCCAUACUUGGGGCCAGUUUAUCAGUACGUUAGCUCAAGUUCUUGGCAGCUCAGCACCACUGACUUCCCUUUGUGUGAGCUCUUCUAGAAUACUUCCCACACAUAACCAGACCAGCAGUGUUUAGCGUUGUGAUCCACAUUUAAACAUUUUUCUUUGUAAUAUUCCUAAGGAAGCACCAAGGUUUAACAAGAAGGGCCUGGAGCAGAGUAUCCUGUGGCUUUAAAGGAGGUUCAAGCAUGUUUGCAAAUGUUACAGCCUGUUGAAAGAAUUUGCAUGUACAGGAAAGUUGUUGAUACGAGACUGUCUGUGUGAUUUUUUAAGUGCCCCCUCUAGUAUCUGUUUGCUUUGUAGAGUUGAAUGUAUUGAAUUUAAUAAGCAGUUUCAUGGAAUCACGAUGAGUUACAAACAUCAAGUUGAGGUCAAAAUAAAUUAUUAUUUUCUAUUUGA